AUGGGCGCCCUUGAACGUUUUCGCCUGGUUUUGGCACCCCCAAUGUUUCUUGAAUCACUCGAUGGUUUUUGGCUAGAGGAGCGUUUCUUUUCAGGCUUAGGUUGUUCUUCCAUUAAAGGAAUCCUUGCCGUUUUUGUGUUGUCAUCUUCAUCUGCCCUCACAUAUUGGCUUUUCUUCACAGGUAACCUCAGCGUAGGCUUCUCUGGUGGAACCUUGCUUACCAGAGACACCUCUGUUUCACUUGUCCGCCUUUGUGGCUCUGACACACGGCUAGUUCUACCGUACUUCCGUGGUUGUUUUUGCAUUUGUUUUUGCCGAUAAACACUGGUAUAAGAAGAUCUGGCCGUCGGUUCGUCAUAUAUCGACCUCAUUGUCGUAUCGACGGAGCUUCGUGAUGUUCGAGAAGUCUUGUCAGUUCUAAGAUCAACGCAACUUAUGUCUCGGCGAAUGGUCUGGCAAUGAUCGGUCCAGGGAACACGCAAAUUCGGUGCCCAUUCCAAUACUAACGGCCCUCUAAGAUGA